CGGGAAACACAAAGGAAAGGGGCGGUGUGCUUCAUGGCGAAGUAAACCCUCACCGGCUUCUUUGCCUCGGUCAUGUCUGUUUCCUAGAUCGGCGAUCCUCUCUCGUCUACCUCCGCGUGCAAAGGCGGCCAUCACUUUGCGCCUCUUCCCUUUCCGACGACAUGUACAAUAAUUUGGGCAAUCAGACUGGGAUGCAAGGACCCACGACCAAUCCUCCUCCCAAUCCAUUUGGCAAUGCAUUCUAUGGAGCUGGAUCUGGACUUAUUCGAGGUGGCCUUGGGGCAUAUGGAGAGAAAUUCUUGGGCUCAAGUUCUGAAUUCAUGCAAAGUAAUAUAAGCAGGUAUUUCUCCAACCCUCAAUAUUAUUUUCAAGUGAAUGACCAAUAUGUGAGGAACAAAUUGAAGGUCAUAUUGUUUCCAUUCCUACACAGGGGCCACUGGACUAGAAUAACUGAGCCAGUUGGAGGCAGGCUGUCUUACAAACCCCCAAUAUAUGACAUAAAUGCCCCUGAUCUAUACAUUCCUUUUAUGGCAUUUGGAACCUACGUUGUUAUAGCAGGCUUUUCGUUUGGUCUUCUUGGAAAAUUUACUCCAGAAGUUUUGAGCUUGCAGUUAACAAGGGGACUUGCCGGCUGGUUUAUGCAGGUUCUUCUAUUGAAGGGAUUGUUAUAUUCGUUAGGAAGUGGGGAAGCGCCACUUCUUGAUAUGGUGUCAUAUGGUGGGUAUGCUUUUACGGGGUUGUCCUUGACUAUGUUGGCAAGGCUUUGCUGGAGUUACUCAUACUAUUUCCUAAUGCCGUGGAUGAGUUUGUGUAUGGGGGUGUUUUUAGUGAAGACCAUGAAGAGGGUACUUUUCACAGAGAUGAGGAGCUAUGAAAAGCAUUCCAGCCGGCAACACUAUCUACUACUCUUCAUGGCGAUUGCUCAGUUCCCUCUAUUCUUCUGGCUCGGCAAAGUAGCAGCAGGAUAGAGUUCAUUUCAGCUACUAUCUUUGUUUAUGAUGUUUAUUUCCCCUUUCUGGACCCCUAGGGCACGAUAAAUCAGUCAGUUAUCUUCACAGUUGGGAAUUGAGAAGAAACGGAAAAAGGAAAACAAUCUGCAACUGGUAGUUUUUGUUGUCAUGGCGUCUUCAGGAGCUGGUUCAUAUUGGGAAAUCAGGAUUUUGGGGAUGGUGCUUGCAUGCAGUGCAUAGUUAAUGGUUGACAUACAUUGGAUGGAUACCUCCUUGUGAACUUUGACAGGGAUCAGUCUACAAUCCUGAUGGUGCUUUUCUUAGCAUUUUUUUAUCUGAGUGUAUGUAAUUUGACCAAAUUGAAAUAAGAACUUAUUUAACUAAUAUUGUCACAUUAAGCCAGAAAUACUUAAAAGUUACUUUGAUAUAUUACAUGUUUGUAGUAUACUAUUUGAAAUUAGAUUUAUUUUUGGUCAA